CUUAAAACGGUAUAGUCGGGUACAGUCCCACUGUUGUACUGACUUUGGCACCACAAGCACGUAUGUCGAGUUACGUAGAGGCUAUAUAAGAUGGAUUUAUCUUUCUUGGACAGAGUGCUCCAAAUAGUAAAAGAUGAAAGAAAAAAAGACGUACCGCUUGUACGUUUUAAGCAUCCUGAAGAGUUAGAGGCCAUUCUAGACUUGGACAUUGGUCAGGAAGUGAACGAUGAUGACCUGGAGCGGUGUGUUAGACAAGUCUUACAGUACAGCGUCAAAACAGAUAAGGCAACGUUCAAAAACCAGUUAUAUGGCUGCACUGAUCCAUAUGGACUGGCCGGCGCUUGGAUAGCUGAGGCUUUUAACACUAGCCAAUACACGUUCGAGGUAGCACCAGUCUUCACCCUAAUAGAGCUCAAAGUUUUGAACCAUAUUCUCAAUUUGUUCGGAAUCCCAAACGGUGAUGGUAUUUUUAGUCCCGGCGGUAGUGUUUCAAUGUUAUAUGCUCUGGUUGCAGCUAGAUUUAAAGCUUUCCCCGAAGUCAAGAGGAAAGGCAUGAGAAACUUACCGGAGAUGGUCAUUUUUACUUCUGAAGAUAGCCACUACUCAAUCAGAAAAGCAGCGCAUUGGUUAGGAUUCGGAACAGAGAGUCUUCGUCCCAUAAAGGCGAAUGAACACGGGCAAAUGAUUGUGAGUGAACUUGAAAAGGCUAUAGAAAGAGAAAAAGAAGAAAACAGAUAUCCAGUAUUGGUUAAUGCUACUGCUGGUACCACCGUCCUGGGCGCUAUUGAUGAUUUGAAUGACAUAGCUAAUGUCUGUAAGAAGCAUGGCGUUUGGAUGCACGUUGAUGCUUGUUGGGGCGGUAGUUUGAUGUUGUCGCCUAAAUACCGAAGCAAAUUACUGGGAGUUAAAAGGGCCGAUUCUAUAUCUUGGAAUCCUCACAAAAUGGCCGGCGCACCUCUGCAGUGUUCCGUAUUUCUUAUCAAAGAACGUGGGUUGCUUCACGAAGCUAAUUCUGCAGCGGCUCAGUACCUGUUUCAACAGGAUAAGUUCUAUGACGUUUCAUAUGAUACAGGCGACAAAAGUGUUCAGUGUGGAAGAAAGAUAGACGCGUUUAAACUCUGGAUGAUGUGGAAAUCUCGUGGAGACAUUGGACUUAGUGUACUAACCGACAAAGUCAUGAGCAUAGCACAGUUCUGUUUAAGUGCCACUUCGAAAAUGGAGGGUUUCCGAUUGGUUUCUGAAAAACUGCAAUGCCCUAACGUGUGUUUUUGGUACAUUCCUAAAUUUAUGAGGAAUAAAGAUGAGAACGAAGAGUGGUGGGAUCUAAUGCACAAGAUAACACCAAAAAUUAAAGAGCAGCUAACGCUGACUUCGAAACUGAUGGUAGCUUACUCGCCGCUACGACAGCACAAGAAUUUCUUUCGACUGGCCUUUACUUUCCAUCCAGAACUAAAUGAAAAUCAAGUAAUAGAAAUGCUUAAUGCAGUGAAGGAAUCCGGCGAAGCGAUCACUAAGGAAAUGUUCCCGUAAAAUAAUAAUUAUUAACUAGUGGUCCCGCAGUAGUCGAAAUUCGACUAUAAUUAAUUGAAAUUAUAAGUUUGAACAUUAUUAAGG